AUCACCAAAACAAAAAAAAAAACCCAUUUUUUUUUCUCUGUCCACUCUUUGAAGUCACAAAACUCUUACUGACUUCACUUGUUUUUAUUGCAUUAAGAGCUUUUCUCUGUCACCUUUCUGAUGAAGAUACUAAUUAAACCAUGCUUCCUUUGCUUCUAGUCCGGGGGAAUUUGCUCUUACUUUGAGUAGAAAACAAGUAUUUCAGUUUUAAUGUUAAAAUUGUAAGGAAAGGGUAUGGGAGAUAUAGCACUUUCAAUCUUCACCUUUUUCAUUUAUUUCCAUUUCCUUUCUUGUUUACCUUUUAGCAGGGGAUUCCCUUUGUGGGUUUUGCCUGUUAUAUAGUUUAUAUUAUUAUUUUUUGGGAGAUGGGAAUGACUAUUUUUUUAUUUGAGAAAAAAAAUUAUCACAGGGGUAGUAGUAGUAGUAGAUGAGGAGGUGAGGCUAUAAAGAAAUCAGUGCCAACUUCAUCAUCAUCAUCAUGGCUUCAUCAAACAGGCACUGGCCUAGUAUGUUCAAAUCCAAACCUUGCAAUACAAACCAUCAAUGGCAACAUGAUAUCAACUCUUCUCUUAUGUCAAGUUCUUGCCAUAGAUCCUCUUUCACCUCAGUUGCAGGUUGUGAAGAACGUACACCUGAGCCUAAACCAAGAUGGAAUCCAAAACCUGAACAGAUUCGUAUACUGGAAGCUAUUUUCAACUCCGGGAUGGUUAAUCCACCGAGGGAUGAGAUAAGGAAGAUUAGAGCUCAGUUGCAAGAGUAUGGUCAAGUAGGUGAUGCCAAUGUGUUUUACUGGUUUCAAAACAGGAAAUCAAGAAGCAAACCCAAGGUUCGUAACCAGCUGCAAAACACUAAGCAACAAACAACAUCAUCCUCUUCAUCGUCCUCAUCCGAAGGAGCUAUUAACAAGAGCACUCUCUCUUUGAGUUCUUCAGCGCAUGCCAUCGAUGUUUCUAACUCUCCAAGUGGAUCGGUGAACCAGACCUACUUUCACCAUCAGCAGCAACCUCAAAACGAGUUGUUGAACGAACCCUUUUUCUUUCCAGUGCAACAACAGGCUACUGGAUUCACGCAAGGGUUCGGGUUUUCCGACGGGAUUCAAGUUCCUGAACAACAACCGGUUGGACCCUGUACGAGUCUAUUGUUGAGUGAGAUAUUGAACCAUGGUGCUUCGAGGAAAGAACAUGAAGAAAAUAUGAUGAUGCAGCUGCAACUUAGUUACACUAUGGCUGCUCCUACUACAAUUACUGUUCCAUCUCACAAUCACCACAUUCAUGGUGAAUCGGGUGCAGUGGAACCAGGAGGUGUAGCCAGAUCAUCGACGGUGUUCAUCGAUGAUGUAGCCUUUGAGGUGGCGGUGGGACCAUUCAACGUGCGAGAAGCUUUUGGUGAUGAUGCAAUAUUGAUUAACUCUGCUGGUCAACCUGUUCUCACCAACGAGUGGGGGAUAACCCUUCAAUCCCUUCAACAUGGUGGAGUUUACUACCUGCUUCGUUCAUCAACCCCCUUUUCCGUAUAACCAAGGUUUAGAAAUAUGUGGAAAUGGAUGACAUACAGAGACAUUGGCUGACACUGUCCUUUUUACUUCUCGUUCUUUGCUUGUUUUUCUCAAGGUUGAAAUUUAUAGCUUUAUAAGCUAUUGUCCUUAAGGCUAUCUCUCUCUAUAUUAUUAUGGAUAUAUAUGUAUUUGGAAUAGUAUGACAACUUUGUGGCACAA